AGUACUCCGGCCUGGGGACAGAUACACAAACAAAGGGGAGGGAUAGCCUUCUCUUUGCUCGAAUCGCAUACAGGCUAUGCUGCAUGUUCGCAUGCCCAUUGUUGCUGUGGCGUGUCUGUACCCCCCCGAGGCCCAUGGCGCCCAUCGGCUUGUGCAUGCCCAGCCAACCUCGGCCCAUGGCCCUCCUCAUCACGUUCCUCCGAGUGCGAGUGCGCGACCGCGGCUCUGAUAUCACCACCUUCACCUCCGCCAUCACCGCCGCCGCCUCCUCCCGCCCACAUCUCUCUCGCCACACCCUCAUCUGCCCUGCCUGCGCCCGGCAGCCUCCCAAUGCUUCCCGAUGCACUCCGCAGACUUCGCCGCCGCCCAGCAACGCAUAGCAGCCCGCCGCGCCCAGCGCGCGCUCCAGCAGCGCAACCACCAUGAGCCAUCGCGCCCUGCUCGCGCUCUCGCCCGCCUUCCCUUUCCCCUAGGCGCCGUCUCCUCGGCGGGAUUCAGCGUUUGGGACGCGAUCAAGGGCCGCUCGGGAACGCGCCCAGAGUUCCGCGUCGGCCAGGUCGAUGCCGAACUCCUUGACGAGGAGCUGCUGACACUGCUCAAAGACCAGGUCGGCGAAGGCCUCAAGUACUUUGGCUCCCAUGUCACCGAUAAUUACUCGGCCGAGAUUCUACUACUGCUGCGCGCUGUGCUGUGGAAGCUGAGCAUCUGGGACCAGAAUGCAAGUUACGGCGCCCAUUUACAGGGGCUGCGCUACACCGACGCCCGCAGCAGUGCCCCCAAUCGCCCGCCCCCGAAGCCCUGGCAGAAGAUUGCCUAUGGCGCCAUUACUGUCGGUGGGAGAUAUGCGUGGACAAAGUGGGAGGAGUACCUCUUGUCUACGUCCGAAGACUACACACGACCUGAAUCCGCACGCCUCAAACUGCUGGGCAGAUUGAGUGAGCUGGCUGGGAACGCACACGAUGUGCUCGGCCUCGCCAGCUUCCUCGUCUUCCUCGUCGACGGCCGCUACAGAACAAUCACCGACCGUCUCCUCCGGUUGCGCCUUACCCCCUCGUCGCACUCGACCUCGCGCGAAGUCAGCUUUGAGUACCUCAAUCGCCAACUCGUCUGGCACGCCUUCACCGAGUUCUUGCUCUUCCUCCUCCCUCUAGUUGGCAUAUCCCGCUGGCGCCGCAUUCUAAGCCGCACCUUCAAAAAACUCCGGGCAACCCUCUUUUCCCUCAUGGGAAAAUCUACUACCUCCUCAACCGAAGACGACGAAACCAAAACCUCCGGCGAACUCGGCUUCCUCCCUGAACGCACCUGUGCAAUCUGCUACCGCGACCAGAACCCCACCACCGCGACCGAAUCCGACAUCAUGGCCUCGUCGGCCGGUGGUGGCGGCGUCGUCGGCAGCGCAGCAACAGACAUUACAAACCCCUAUGAGUCCACAUCCUGCGGCUGCAUCUACUGCUUUGCCUGUCUCGCCCAGCGCAUCGCAAACGAAGAAGGCGAAGGCUGGACUUGUCUCCGCUGCGGCGAAAACAUCACCGCAUGCAGACCCUGGAACGGCGAUAUCAUCGAAGAGCAGCCGCGAUUUAUGCCCGCGUCAUCACAUGCUGAGGAGCAUGAGCGGCCUAACACUGCGAAAUCUGUUGGCUUUGCCCGGGCGACGCCGGACGAAGAUGAUGAGAAGACACUGCUUAAGGAGGUGGAACCUAUGCCGGACCAAGAUCACAGUGAUGGAGAGGGUUUACUCGGUCCCUCGACCACGCAAGCCCGCGCUCUGGAUCUCGGCGAAUCCCUCUUUACAGAAACGUCUGAGUGGGCGCGUGCCAGUGAGACUGACAGUAGUAGCAGUGAGGAUGGGCAGAGCGAAGAGUACGAUGAGGAUGAGCAGGAGGAAGGCGAGGAGUUGGGGUUUUAUGAUCAAUGAUUCCUUCCUCUCCCUCUUCUUUUUGAGAUAUAGAUGGUGGAAUUCUGGUGGCAUAAAAAAAACAAGGCCUAUCCUUACCUCGAUGUUUGUCUUUUUCUUCUUCGCGAUCUACAUAUAACAUUUCUGUAUACCUUAGUUAUACGGCCCAGAUUACACGUCACUAAUGCAAGAUACCCUGAUUUUGG